GAGUUAGGACAUUCGAAAGUUUCGGAUCCUAGGGUUUUCACUUUUCGGACACAUUCCAACACCAACGCGUAACUGCAUUUUCUUCUCCCAUACAGAACCGGAUUCGAUCGGAGGAAGACGACGACCGCAGGUUGGAACAACUAAGAUGGGGAAGCAACCGGUUAGGAUGAAGGCCGUGGUCUAUGCUCUUUCACCUUUCCAGCAGAAGGUUAUGACUGGUCUCUGGAAGGAUUUGCCUUCCAAAAUUCACCACAAGGUCUCUGAGAAUUGGAUCAGCGCCACGCUUUUGCUCGCUCCUCUUAUCGGCACCUACACGUAUGUUCAGAACUACCAGGAAAAGGAGAAGUUGGCUCACAGGUACUGAAGAUCUGCAAGAGUAUAUUUGGAUGAUCUCUAUACUUAUCAGAAGAUUUUUGCAUUUUUGUUGUGUACCCUGCAAAUAGCCUGAGACUGGUGAAACUCGAUUUAUAUGGUUGAGAUAUUGUUCUACAAGUUUGGACUGUUACUACUUUUAGAAGCCUCAAUGAUUGUGAUCUUCAUGAUGCUCAUAUGCCAUCAACAUGGUUGAAGUUAAUUUUAUGAUGCCUUUGAUUCGUAAUGUUUUUGUACACUGCGUGUAAUGCAAAUAAUAUCAAGAUUUAUCAGGAAUAUGUGGUGGGCUCUAUACGCCAGAUCGUGUGUAAGGAUUUUGGAUCUCAUAAAUCGUUGCUUUGUCUCUUGUUGGGAAA